UCAUUCCUACUCUCGCUCUCUUCUUCACUCUCUCCUUCCUCCUCUCUCUCUCUCUCUCUCUCUCUCUCUCUCUUUCAGCCCCUUAUCAAGAUCAAUCCCAUCAGAUUUCUCAGUGUUUCUUUUAAUCAAGAUCUUCAAAAAAAAAAAAAACCCUAUAUAUACUGGUUCUGGCUUUUUGAGUGUUUUGAGUAUGGAAGGGCAAGAAGAGCUGGUUUUGAGUGAUCAUCAGCAAACCCAGAUGAUCAUCAAGGGCAAGAGGACCAAGCGCCAGAGGCCCAUGUCUCCUUUCGGUCUGGCAGUGACUUCGAGCUCGUCGAGCGCUUGUGGCGGCGCUCAUGGUGGAGAAGAGUAUGGGAACUCCUUCACUUCAGCCAGUUAUGACAGCACUGAGGAGGAAGAGGACAUGGCCAACUGCCUGAUUCUGUUGGCUCAGGGUUGCCAUGUGAUUCCCAAGCAAGAGACUAGCAGUACUCUUCAUGAAGCUACCGCUGUUUCUAGUCAUGUGGGCAAAGCUGGGUUUUAUGUCUAUGAGUGCAAGACCUGCAACCGGACCUUCCCUUCUUUUCAAGCACUCGGUGGCCACCGAGCCAGUCACAAAAAGCCAAAGUCCUCCACCGCGGCGAUGGCCGAUCAGGAGAAGAAACCGGCAUCGACCCAUUUCACCUCUGCAUCCAUGGAUCAAGAAGUUGAAGAUUCUAAGCAAUUUAUCAAGAAGAGUAGUCCUCCUCCAACCCAUCCUACAGUUCCUAUUCAGAUAAAGGGGUUUCAGAGCAACAACAACAAGGCUAAGAUUCAUGAGUGUUCGAUAUGCGGGUCGGAGUUCACAUCGGGUCAAGCUCUUGGUGGGCAUAUGAGACGGCACAGAGCAGCAGUAGCCAACAACAACACUACUACUAGUACUACUCAGGUGGUGGGUAUUGGUGCAGCCAUUGAUAACAGUAUGAGGAGCAAGCAGGAGAGAACUAUUCUAGCACUGGAUCUAAAUCUUCCAGCACCAGAAGACCAUGAUCAUCACCACCACCAUCACCAACAGCAUCAGAUUCAUCACCAGCGUGACUCGAAGUUCCAAUUUGUGCCGACCCAACAGACUAGUCUUGUCUUCAACGCUCCUGCUUUGGUGGAUUGUCAUUAUUAAAGAGAGAAGACAGAGAGUAGGGAAAAAGAAAACAAGAAGAGAAGAAGAAAAUUAUCAUUAUUUUUAGUUAUUUUUCGGAUACCGAUCCAUGUGAAUUAUAAAGCAUUGUCAUAUCUUACAAUUUUUACUGCUGUGAUAAUUGGAUUAUUGGGGGAUUUUAUGGAUUAAUUCAUUGAAAUA